AUGAAACAGAAUAGUUUUAAAAGGGUAGGAGAUUAUAUUAUAGAUACAACUAAUCCAUUAGGUAGUGGUAAUUACGGAAGUGUUUACAGAGGCAGUUUAUAUUCUGAUGAUAGAAAUAUCAUCAAACGAUAAAUGAACACUAUAUACGCUAUUAAGGAAACCCCUCUCUUAAGCAAUAAUGCUGCUGAUUUAAGUCCAAAAAAAAAGAUAGCAAUAAAAGAAAUAAACAAUUUAAAAUAGCUGAAUCACCCACACAUUAUUAAAUUUAUAGAUGCUAAAUAAACUGAUAAAAAUAUUUAUUUGGUUAUGGAAUAUUGCAAUGGUGGAACUCUUGAAAAGCUGAUUAAAGAUAAGAAACCAAAUGAAAAGGAAUGCCUUUAUUAUUUUUCUCAAAUAAUAAGUGCAUUUAAGUAUCUUAUUUAAGAAGUCAAUAUGAUUCACAGAGAUGUGAAACCAGAAAAUAUCUUGAUUCACAAUGACAUGAUUAAGUUAGCUGGUUUUGGUUUCUCAAAGAAAGUUAUGAAUGAUGAAUUAUAAUUUAACACUAUUGCAGUUUCUCCUAUGUUUUCAGCACCUUAAAUUUUAAGAGCUCAAAAAUAUACAUCGAAAGCAGAAAUUUGGAGUUUAGGUGUAACUUUGUACUUCAUGCUUUGCUAUGAAAGUGAGAAGGAUAAACAUUGCUACCCUUGGUAAGCUAAUAGUUAAGUGUAGCUCAAUUAAGAAAUAAAAGAAACAAAAGAAAUUUAAUUUCCAGAAAGCAAAAACCUUAGUUAAAAAGUUAAGGACCUCAUACGUAAAAUGCUUUAGGUAGAAGAAGAAGAUAGAUUAAAUUGGGAAGAGCUUUUCGAUCAUGAAUUAUUUAAAUAUGAAAUCUACAAUGGGCCUAAUCUCUAAGAUAGUAAAAAAUAUUAACCUAUUCUUGAAAUUGGAGCAAAUGAAGAAGACUGCCCAGAUAUGACUCAUAUCUUGAAUAAAAAUUAAUCCAAUAAAGUAGAUAUUGACCGUAUAGAAAAAUUCAUCUUAAUGUAAAUAGAUCUUGCUUUCUUCUUAUAUAAAACAGCAAGUCUCUUUAGAGAAAUAAAACAAUCGGUUUUACCACUCUUCUUGGAUGACUAAGAAAUAAUAAAUAAGCUGUUGUAUGUUCUUUGUAGUAAAAGUAGCUCUAUAUUCAAUCGUUUAAAGUUGAUGUUAGAGCAAGGUAUAAAAAAUUAGUACAACAGUAUUUUAUAGUAAGAGUGGGAAAUAUUCAAAUAGAAUACUGAAAAAUACGAAUUCUAUAAAAAUAAUGUAGAUAAAAACUUCUAAAUCUCUUUAACUAACUUAGAAAACACUUAUAAAAGUUGCAAAGCUACGUCACCCAAAGAUGACCGUAUAGUCAAUUCUAUGGAUAUAAAUUAUUAGCUCGAAGUAGAGGCUGUUGAAAAGGCAAUUCGUUGUCUUUAUCUUGGAUUAGAGCCAAUUAACUAAAAAAUAAACAACCCAUAAUCCUCUGCAUUGUCUGAAGAUGAGUAUAAGCUACUCUUUGUUUUAGAUGAUUUAUUUAUGAUAUAUGCAUUCGAUUACUCCUUCAAUUAAAAAGAUAACUCAAAAUCUAGAAAUAUCGAAAAGCUCUAUUACAUCCGUAAAUUGGUCCCACCAAAAACUUUAUUUGUAAGAAUUGUUAAUGCCUUCAAGGUAGGAGAUUACAUUAUAGAUACAAUUAAUCCAUUAGGUAGUGGUAAUUAUGGAAGUGUUUAUAGAGGUAGUUUAUAUUCGGAUGAUAGAAAUAUCAUCAAUGGAUAAAUGAACACUAUAUAUGCUAUUAAGGAAACCCCUCUCUUAAGCAAUAAUGCUGCUGAUUUAAGUUCAAAAAAAAAGAUAGCAAUUAAAGAAAUAAACAAUUUAAAAUAGCUGAAUCACCCACACAUUAUUAAAUUUAUAGAUGCUAAAUAAACUGAUAAAAAUAUUUACUUGAUUAUGGAAUUUUGUAAUGGUGGAACUCUUGAAAAGCUGAUUAAAGAAAAGAAACCAAAUGAAAAGGAAUGCCUUUAUUAUUUUUCUCAAAUAGUAAGCGCAUUUAAGUAUCUUAUUUAAGAAGCCAAUAUGCUUCACAGAGAUGUAAAACCAGAAAAUAUCUUGAUUCACAAUGACAUGAUUAAGUUAGCUGAUUUUGGUUUCUCAAAGGAAGUUAUGAAUGACGAAUACUAAUUUAACACUAUUGCAGGUUCUCCUAUGUUUUCAGCACCUUAAAUUUUAAGAUCUCAAAAAUAUACAUCAAAAGCAGAAAUUUGGAGUUUAGGUGUAACUUUGUACUUCAUGCUUUGCUACGAAAAUGAGAAGGAUAAAUAAUGCUACCCUUGGUAAGCUAAUAGUUAAGUGAAGCUCCUAUAAGAAAUAGAAAAAAAGAAAGAAAUUUAAUUUCCAGAAAGCAAAAACCUUAGUUAAAAAGUUAAGGACCUCAUACGUAAAAUGCUUUAGGUAGACGAAGAAGAUAGAUUAAAUUGGGAAGAGCUUUUUGGUCAUGAAUUGUUUAAAUAUGAAAUUUAUAAUGAGCCUAAUAUCAAAGAGAGUAAAAAGUAUGAACCUAUUCUUGAAAUUGGAGCAAAUGAAGAAGACUGCCCAGAUAUGACUCAUAUCUUGAAUAAAAAUUAAUCCAAUAAAGUAGCUAUUGAGCGUAUAGAAAAAUUCAUAAUAUGGUAAACAAAUCUCGCUUUCUUCUUAUUUAAAACAGCAAAGCUCUUUAGAGAAAUAAAACAAUCAGUUUUGCCCCUAUUCUUUGAUGACUAAGAAAUAAUAAAUAAGCUGAUGUAUGUCCUGUGUCGUAAAAGUAGCUCUAUAUUUAAUCGUUUAAAGUUGAUGUUUGAGUAAGGUAUAAAAAAUUAGUACAAUCGUAUUUCAUAGCAAGAGUGGGAAAUAUUCAAAUAGAAUACUGAAAAAUAUGAAAUCUAAAAAAAGAAAGUAGAUAACAACUUCCAAACCUAUAAAACUAACUUAGAAAACUCUUACUAAAGUUGCAAAGCUACAUCACCCAAAGAUGACCGCAUAGUCAAUUCUUUGGAUAUACAUUAUUAGCUCGAAAUAGAGGUUAUCGAAAAGGCUAUUCGUCAUCUUUACCUUGGAUUAGAGCCAAUUAACUAAAAAAUAAGCAGCCCAUAAUCCUCUGUAUUGUCUGAAGAUGAGUAGAAGCUACUCUUUGUUUUAGAUGAUUUAUUUAUGAUAUAUGCAUUUGAAUACUCCUUCAAUUAAAAAGAUAACUCAAAAUCUAGAAAUAUCGAAAAGCUCUAUUACAUCCGUAAAUUGGUCCCAGCAAAAACUUUAUUUGUAAGAAUUGUUAAUGCCUUCAAGUACAACUUCUAGAAUUUAAAUACUCGCCAUUGA